CCCAAGACCGCCUGCAUUAGUCUCUGCACCGGAGCCAGCGCCGCGACCCGGAAGACUCAAGCCAGCUGAGUGAUCAUGGCAACAACUCCCAUGGUGGCUUUUGAGGCCCUUCUAAAUGGAGUGACAAGCUGGAAUGUCCCUGAAGGCCCCAUCCCGUGUGAACUGCUUCUCAUUGGAGAGGCUGCCUUCCCAGUGUUGGUGAAUAAGAGGGGCCAGGUCCUCAUUGCUGCGUCCUCCUAUGGCCGAGGCCGCCUGGUGGUGGUGUCCCAUGAGGGCUACCUGCUGGAUGCUGGCUUAGCUCCAUUUCUUCUCAAUGCAGUGAACUGGCUCCGUCCCUCUCCUGGGGCUCCCGUGGGAGUGCACACCUCCCUGGAACCACUAGUUACCAUCCUGCGGGGUUCUGGGAUUGAGGCACAGGUUCAGCCAGAACUGGGAGACCGCUCAGGGGUGUACUGCAUCAAUGCCUACAAUGAAACCUUGACUACAGAGCUGGUCCAGUUUGUGAAACGUGGUGGGGGCUUGCUCAUUGGGGGCCAGGCCUGGUACUGGGCCAGUCAGCACGGCUGUGACAAGGUGCUAUCCAGGUUCCCUGGGAACCUGGCGACCAGUGUGGCUGGAGUGUACUUCACCGACACCUAUGGGGACAGAGGCCCAUUCAAAGUCUCUAGGAAGGUGCCCAAGAUCCCACUCCAGGUCAGGUGAGUAAUAUGUCCCUCAGGGAGUCUUUCCCAAUGACCCUAUUGAAAUGAGGAUUAACUUUCCAUUCCCUUUGCCACAGUGUCUCCAUUAUUCCCUAAAGAUCA